AAAACACAUGGGUCAGGGUUGCAGCCUUACAACCAUUCACCAGAGUAAAGCUGUAAUCCUGCUUUCAGUGCAGGUUAUGAGUGGAGGAAUCUGAAAAGGGGUCGUUGAUUUAAAUAACGACUGUGGAGCAAAAGGCUGCUGGUUUGACUUUAAAUGAGAGAAACUAAACUAAGUGUGAGGGGAAAUGACUAUAGGUGAGGGGAAGAUUUUCUGAAAUUAACCUUCAGCUGCUGGAAGGCUGUUCCUCUACGUUGAAACAACUUUCAAAAGCUGACCGCUUCAGGUGCAAACUGGUAAAGUUUAUGAAGACACUGAAGGGGACUCGACUUGACUCUCCAAAGAAGAUGCAGGACAAAGAUGAGAAGUCUGGAGAUGACAAAUCUCUGACUGAUCUAUCUAACCCUCUGAGUGCGUUCUGUAGCAAAAAUACCACUUACCUGGCUAAGCUUGCCAUCCUUCUCCAGUAUUCUCCACAUAAGAUGCUGACUUUUACUCAGAUGAAAAACAAGAUUUCAGUGAUUGAUAAGGAUGAAAGGAAUGCUUACAACAACAUCAGUUGGUAUUUAACAGGUUACAAAUGUUUUGUCAAGAUUCUAGUUCCGGGCACAAUGAAUCGUGAGCUUGUGUACUGGAUGCUGGACUGCAGGGAGAUAACAACAGAGAUGGUGCAUGAACACUUCUUGGAAAUUCUCCAUCUCUUCCCUGUUCUGGCGUCCAGACUGGAGACCAAGAACCUGAGCUGUCCGCCUAGGCCUCUCCACUUUCUAGAGCCCGCACCACGCAGUACUGUUCAGAUCAAACCUGAGGUGAAGUUUAAUGGCCCUUUCUCUAUUGACUCAAUCCUGAAGAGAGACUGCACCUCUGCUCAAGCCUACACUCCCACACUCAGUCUGCCAGUCCGGGUGGAGCACUUUACUCAGCCUACACAGCGACGAACUGGGACAAAAAGGUGCUUCGGCUGGGACACCGAUCAGCAUCUCAUCCUACAAGCUUCAGCUGGAAGUUCUCCUGUCUGCACGGGAGGGAGCAGCACACACCACUGGGCCACUGCUGAUGGAACUACUACACCCGUCAAACGGAUACCUGUGUAUUCUGUUCCCUCGCUCCAGGUUCACCCAGGAGCUGUCCCUUUGUUCACCAGCCCGCAGAGCAGUGGCCUCACUUACGCCCUUCCAGCACUUACCCCCGGUGUUCCCCGUUUUUGAUAGUUAAAAAAAAUCUUCCUAUUAAAAUACACUUUCAUGUUUUGAAGGGGAUAUGCUAGUUUUAUUGGAAAAAACAGAAAUAUGGCUUUAUAUCAAAGUGGGCAUGUAGUUUAAUGUCGAGUGUUUGUAAUAUAAUGUCUUUAGUUUUGGCUGUAGACUUUUUAGUUGUAGAUAAUUGAUGGUUUAGGGAAAAUACUGAUGUUUCCUGGAGUUAAAAAAAUAAAAUAAAAUUGUGGCUUAUCACGGUUUUUUGUGAUUGCGGCCACUACGUUUUAUACAUGUGUCUGAAGCCACUACAGACUGACCACAAGGGGGCAGUAGAGUUUUACUUUGAACUUCCAAACGCCCUACCUUGUAUUAAAAUCAACACAAUUAAGUGGGGGGUUUUUUUUUUAUACCUAUAUAUUUGUCCAUUUUGUGGUGUUUAAUGCAGUUUUGCUGACCAUUACAAAAGUCUUUAUUACACUACAGAAGAUACUCUAACAGAAUGCAUAGACAAUGCUUUGUUAGGUUGUGAAAAAUUUAAUGUCUGUAAGUGGGAAAAAUCAGACACAAUU